UACACACUGCAGGAUCCACUGACAGCAAUCCACUAUAAACAGUAGUACUGCUCAGCAGUGUGGCAAACUAUUCCAAUUGUUUUUUUUAUUGACAAUAACACACCUAUAAUUAACAGGAUAAUAUCCAAUUGUUUGGAAGACCUCUGUAAGUGCACAUUUAUUAGUUAUAUGUUUAAUAUGUUACUAUCAAUGUGUGUUUAAUCCUUGAAACGAGAAAGACUUGAUAUGAAACCAACGUGACCGGACGGGGAACCAAUUCGGAACAAGGGAACGAUCGCAUCAUCUGAACCCACUCAGUGAGUUGUCUGUGGAUCUAAACAGCGGCGUGCUGUGUGCCCACGGUGUUGUUGUGAAGACGGAAGUGGUAGGAGGACUUCCCUCUGGCCAAUAAUUCAUUCCUUUUUGGAAACAGUUAAAGGAAUACAGCGCCGCCUGCCCAGACAUGUCUACUGCGUACAGAAACAGGAUACAGGAAUUCAAAGUGACCUUAAGUGAAGAGAACAUAAACUUGAAGACACUGAGGGAACUUUGCUUCAAUGGAAUCCCAUUUGAAGGAGGCAUACGAGCACUUUGCUGGAAGAUUCUUCUUAAUUAUCUACCUCUCGAUCAGACAUUAUGGGAGUCGUUCCUGAAAAAGCAGAGGAGGAGCAAAACAUCAAACCCCAGUACUUCACAUUCCGCUGGCUGACCUUGUUGUUAUCGCAGGAGUUCCUCUUGCCAGACGUCAUCCGUAUCUGGGACACUCUGUUUUCUGACCAGGACCGAUUCCACUUCCUCAUCCUGGUCUGCUGUGCCAUGCUCAUACUCAUCCGAGAUAACUUGCUGGCAGGAGACUUCACGGUGAAUAUGAGAUUACUGCAGGAUUACCCAAUCUCAGAUGUCCACACCAUCCUGAUCAAGGCCAAAGAGCUGCGGGAUAACUCCUAACCUGUUCCCUCUUUUCCUCCUGCCCUCCCUGCUCACAUGUGGUAGGUGGGGGUUUAAACAUUUGAAAAACAUUGUCAUGUCAAACAUGUAUCAUGGGAGGACUGGAUGAAUGAAGAGCCUGGACACAUUUGUUAGGGGAAAACUCCAGCGUACUGCUUUUUUUUAACUCAAUGUCCGAUGUUUGGUCAGUGGGGACUGCCAUGAAAACCUUUGAGGACACGCUGAAACUAUUCCUUCCUGGAAGUGAGGAGGAGAUGCCACUUGCUCCUCGAUGCAUUAUGGGAAAAGGCUCCUCUCACAGCCAUCUCUCCCAUGGAGACUUGUUGUGCUCAGAUAAUUGUGUUUGCGCUGAACAUCUGAGGGAGAGGGAGCCACAUAAGUCCUACACUACCAAUCUUAGUUUGUCAUGAAAACAUACCAGAAAUGUUUUUGCAAUGUAGAGCUAAGAAUUUAAUAAGAAUCCCACUGCGACCACAUAUGUAGUCAGAUUGAGCAAACAUUUUAAUUGGGUUGAGCAAUAGUGCAUGUUUAUUCUUUAUGGGUUUUUUUUUAGAAGUUGAACAUUUUUAAUGUAAGAAACAUGUAUGCCUUAUCUGUUUAAUGAUGUGAAACAGGAGACAGUAUUUCUGGGUAUAUUUGCUGUCUGGCUAAAAUAAAUAUGAAGUGAUGGGCCUUGCCUAUUGAAUAUUGUAUUAGUGAGCUUCUGAAAAUCCUUAUUCCAUGUGCAUUAUGUCUCUUGUUUACUUUAUAAAGUCAUAUUACUUUGACCAGACAAAACACUGCAAGAAGGACAACAACCAUCAGAGGACAUUGUGCUGCUUUUCACACUGAACAUUAUUUGCUGAGCUUUUUCUUCAGCCUGGGUCUACAUGUAUCUCUAUAGCAGUUCCAUACAGCACUUUAUACCACAGUGAGUCAUUCACUGUGACUGAGGGGGUGUGCGUUAUUUCAGAUAAUGCAUGGUAAGAAAGGUUACCAUUCUGAACAGACAUUCAAUGACUGACAGUUUUCAACACUGUUUUACAUUUUGGUCACUAACAAAAUUUAGAGAUUAGGUAGCCAGUCCGCAGCUAGUGGUUCUUCCAUUUAGUGGAGAAGGAAAGUGUUUUGUGGCUGACAAAGAUGUUGCUACCACAGAAAUGACAUUAAUGGGGAGGUAAUGAAUACAAUGUUAGAUUGAUUGAUUUUACUGGGAUUGGAAAAAGCCAAAGUUAGCUCAUUUUGUUUGCCGUCUGCUACUGUCAAAAUACAACACACCAAACAGAGGCUAAACACUUUUAUUUCUAAUAAGUGUACGUUAUGAUGUGCGUUAUGAAAAAGUUCAACACCUCAAGAGCACCCAGGUCCUUGUGUUGUGUCAACACAACUUCCAUUAAUUAAUACUGUAUAUCAUGACUCAGAGCAUAAUUAAUAUUUAUUAGCAUUAUGCUGACUCCAAAUGAUUAGCAUCACAUCAGCUACUAACAGCUAGUUAGCAUUAUGUCAGUUAAACAGCUAGCAUGACUUUGUACGUAAUAAAAAUUCAUGUAAAUUUGUCAAAGAAAAUACACACGACUGAGGGAAAAAAUAAAAAUUUUGAAGCUCUUGGGUUCAGCUGUUAUAGCGGUAAACUAUCUUCUUGCUUAUUUUACUGUUAGCCAGCAGAAUUUGAUGGAACAUAAAUGAAAAGAAAGUAAGCAUUAACGUAAAGUGUUAAAAGCUUCAUAACUUGAGGAUUAGCAUUAAACCUCUUCCCACUUUUUAUUCUUUUCCCUUUUAUCUGUUAGCCUGCCUAGCAAUAGCUUAAGAGUGGAGUGACAAGCAAGCUGAAGUAGCAUGACUAUUGCAGUGGUUUUAAACUCAAAUCCCAUUUCACACUUGAUGCAGGCCUGCAAUUGAUUGGUUUUUAAGGAAAUAAAGCCCUUGUUAACUUGGAGUUAAAAACUAAGCUAGCCCAGGCUUAAUGGUGUAGAUUAACCUUUGGUUAAGCCUUUUUAAUGUUCAGUGCAAACUACAGCACAGCUUCACAGAGAGUGUUGAUUCCUAUCAUUUAUUAUUUUAUACUGUGUUGUGCACAUACCAUAUGAUCUGUGCAGCAGGUAGAUUCAUUUGAAUGUAAAUGUGUAUCUGCAAGCCUAAAUGUACCACUGCCGUAAUAUCCAGUCAAUAGCUUGUAACAUGUUAAUAUUGUUAAUUAGUGGGGGACAAGAAGUCAUUUCUGUUUUAAAGCUCAGAAUAUGUUGAAUAAUUUAAUGCAUACUCAUAUGAAGGCACUCAGAUAGUGAUGAAACACUUCUCCGCGUUAAUUUUGGGAAGGAUGAAACUAAAAUUUUAGUAUAUCUUUUAUGAAUCGGACCUUGAGACGGGGCAGAGAGCGGUUGCAAGUGAUGCCUAAUUCAUGCUGCAAUCAGCGGCCUCAAUCUGUUCUUUGGGAAUUCACCCUUCAGUGUCAUUGUGUCAAAUAUGACCCUUCAGAUACUUGCCCAAAAUGGUAACAGACACAAUUUCCAUGGCAACGGCAGUAUUUCUCUGAUGUAUAAUUUUUUAAAUGUUUUUAUAGACACUUCUUAGAAAUCGGGCAGGGCAUUAAAACUCAGUUUUUUCUGCUACCGAAGAUCAAAUCAAAUCUUACUUGACCAUCGUAGUUAAAACACACUAUUGAAAUGUAGUCUUUAAUAUUGCAGAGGGUUGUGUGUGUGGAAGCUCUGUUUACUUUUAGUAACUGUAUGAAAUGAUAGUCCUUUUUAAAAUGUGUUAAGCUACUCAAGGACACAUUUAUCUGUGAACUGAGAACUGGAAAGGAUAUUCUUCUGAAUUGUGUCAAGUUAAACAAUUUCUAAACCUCUCAUACCAGAUCAGAAUUGGUAUGUUGCAAAAAUGAGCCAUCAUUCAUUCUCCUUCAUGGUAUUUGAGUCAUUUGUUCUAAGCUGUUAAAUAAAUUGAAUCACUAUUUGCUUUUGAAUCUAAAACCAGUCAAUCUGUGUCAGUUUUAUUAUGUAAAAAAGAAAUGAGAUUUUAUCCACCCGUCCUUGUAAAUCAUCCAAGAGACUCUGAGGGGUCAGCAAAUAAUAUACCAUGCCAUGUUAAUAUUCAGCUCCUCACCCUUUUGGAUUUUGUACCCAAAUUUCACCAUCAAAACCUGAGCUUAAUAAACAAAUAACACAAAGAAAGCUGUUAUUUUAAUGGAAAAUUAAAGAAUAAGUCUAUUUUUCUUAUUGCCAACUAAUUCCAAAAAAGACCAAAGCCAAUAAUGUGUUUCUGACUUCUUUAUCCUGUCUGCUUAUUGGUCCCUAGUGCAAAAUUCUCGCAAAUAUAUAACUGAAUUCUUUUAAAAGCCUUAGUGAUUUCAUAAAACAGCUGAGCAUUGUAGUUUUUUUUUUUUUUAUUAAAAAGAACUCAUUAUAGCUGCCUUUUUGAAACAAGUAAAGGAGUAAGAAAUCUAUUAUUCUGUUAUAAUAAGUUAAUAGAGUUAAUAUCACUGAGGUAUUUGGAGUUCACAUAGUUGCUUAUUUUGGAUAAAACACUCAACUAUGAGUCCAGUCCUAAAACCAAUGCAAACAACUCCAUAACUAUAUAAAAUGAUUUUGUUUUCUGAACUUGACCUGCCUUGAAUGACCCCUAGGUGUGUGUUGCCCCGCCCUCUUAAACUGCAGUGAGACAGACCCAGUGUCUGUAAGAGAGGAUUGGAGAUUUGAAUACAAUAAAGCCCUUACUACUACAAAUAAGACAUUUCCCUGCUCUGUGCAGUUUUCUCUUACUUGACAUCGCCUGAGAAAAAGCAGUCCUAAACAUAAACCUUUCCAAGUGUACUGGCUCGACAUUUAUAUUCAACCACUUCUAAAUGUCCAGAUUAUUCUGUUUGGUAAGAAAGAGCAGAAGAACAAGCAUCCUAAACCCAAAACAAGACAUUUUGCACCUGAAAGGAUCUUUAUCUCGUGCAAAUGUGUGGGGGUGAAUUGUUUUUUUGAGGGACUAAUUUAUAGCAUCCACAUGCUCUUCUUUUUAAUGUGUAUUUAUUUCUAUCCUGAUGGCUUUGUAUGUGUGGGAGUGUGUGUGUGUGUGUGUGUGUGUGUGUUGGGGGGGGUGAUGUUCAGUAUACUCUUUAUGUCUUAUGUCAGUUAUUUGCAUGGUUCCAAUUUUGUAAGCACAUUUUUGUAAUGUCUCCAGUGUUAAGACUUGUAUAUAUGUUUUUACAUGUUUGCAGAUGUGCAUUAAAAUGAAUGAUGGUAUAAAUCAAA